AUGCGGCUCUCACUCCAACCAUUGCUCCUCCUGGGGCUCUCGGCCCUCGGCGCCGCAGUCUUCCAGGACGAGGUCGGCGAGAUCGAUUUCCAUCACGCGCUCCUCGGCGUUCCCCAAGUCGAAACCACCUUCUUCCAUCGCCCACGAAAGCAAGAUAAGGCGAGCCUCCUUUACACUCUCAGCGACGUCGGUCUCAUCGGCGCCGUCAACCCCAGCAAUGGCCAGGUUGUUUGGCGUCAGCAGAUCGCGGAUGAUAUCACCAAUGGCGGUGGUUUCCUGCGCGCUGCUGAGGGUGAGCAUUGGGUUGCUGCGGCGUAUGGAUCGCGAGUUCAGGCGUGGGAUGCGCUAACGGGGCGAAAUGUGUGGCAUAAUGAGUUUAAGGGCGAGGUUAAGGAUCUUGAGAUUCUGGAGCUUACUGAGAGCUCGAGAAAGGACGUUUUGGUUCUGUAUGACGAGGAUGGCACUACGGUUCUACGACGCAUACACGGUACUGUGGGAAAUGUUAUCUGGGAGUUCCGUGAGGUCUCCAAGAACAUCCCUCUUCAGGUCUCAACCGACAUCUCCAAGAUCUACGUUAUCAGCCUUCACGGAUCGCCUGCUUCUUACAGCCUCAAGGUUACUGCGCUCGACACUCUUACAGGAGGACGACUGGACGACUUUGCCAUUGGCACUAAGGGUGACGUCCAUGGACCCAAGGACGUCAUGUUUGUUGGAGGCAACUCUGCCGCCCCUAUCCUCGCAUGGGCCGAUAGCACCCUCACUAAGCUCAAGGUCAAUGUUCUGGGAAGCAAGACGACUCAGGACCUCAAGCUACCUUCCGACGCUGUCGCUGUUACUAUUCACGCGCCUCACCUUGUUCAGUCCCAGCCUCAUUUCCUUGUCCACACCCGAACCAAGACCGGAAACAAGGCCGAGGUCUAUCAUACCGACUUGAAGAGCAGCCAGGUUACCAAGGCCUACGAACUUCCUCACCUUUCUGGCCCUGGUGCCUUUUCCACCAGCUCUGACGGAGCCAACGUUUACUUCGCCCGCGUCACUGAGGAUGAGACUCUUGUUGUCUCAUCCGAGUCUCACGCUGUUCUGGCUCGAUGGCCCUUCAAGCCCGCUGGCGAUAUCGAGGCUGUUCACGCUGUUGCUGAGGUCCUCAAGAAGCCUGGCACUGAAGGCUUUGCUAUCCGAGCUGCUGCUGUCACCAAGUCAGAUGACUGGGUUCUUGUCCGUAACGGCGAAAUUGACUGGAAGCGACCCGAGGGUCUCUCCGGCGCUGUUGCUGCUGUCUGGGCUGACAUUCCCGGUACUGAGAACCUCGCCAAGGUUCUUGAGGAGGAGGCUCACACCAACCCUCUCUCGGCCUACAUUCACCGUGUUACACGACAUAUCGACGACCUUCAAUACCUUCCUGACUACCUUGCAUCUCUCCCUCAACGAAUCAUCACCAGCAUCUUCGGUGGUGAGCCCGCUGCUAAGAAGGAGGGCCUGCACCGCGACACUUUCGGCUUCAAUAAGCUGAUCGUGCUUGCGACUCGCCGCGGUCGUGUUUAUGGUCUUAGCACUGAGCACAAAGGUCAAGUCAUCUGGUCCAAGUCUGUACUUCCCCAACUUCCCGGCGACUCUCUUGAGAUCAAGGGUAUCUAUGCUAAGGAUGAGGGUGUCGUCACUCUGCGUGGCGCCAAGGGCGAGUACGUCGCUAUCAAGAGCGACACUGGCGAUGUUGUCGAGGUGAUGCCUGCCGGUUCGCUUCCCCGUGUUUCUAGCACAGUAGUUGUCGAUAGCCCUGCUGGCAAGUGGUUGCUUCCUGUUGGUGCCAACGGAGAGAUCGGACCUGUUCCCGCCGGCUUCACUCCCAGCGAGACCGUCGUUGUUCGUGGUGAGGGAGAGAUUCUUAAGGGUGUCAAGUUUGUUGAGGAGAACAACAAGGUCACCGAGCAAGAAGUCUGGCAGCUUCAGCUCUUCCGUGGUCAGAAGAUCGUGGAGAUUGCUAAGCAUGCUGCUCACGACCCUGUCGCUUCUAUUGGCCGUGUCCUGGCUGAUCGUCGUGUCAGCUACAAGUACCUCAACCCCAACACAAUCGUUGUGGCUGCUAUUGACGAGGCAAAAUCGUCUCUGUCUGUUCAGCUGCUCGAUACUGUCUCAGGUCAGGUUCUGGCUGCCCAGUCCUAUGCUGGUGUCGAUGCUACCAAGCCCAUCUCUUGUGCUAUGGCUGAGAAUUGGUACACCUGCACUUUCUUUGGCCGAUACACCCUUGAGGAUGGCACCAAGCGAUCUAUCCAAGGCUACCAGAUUGUCAUCGUUGACCUCUACGAGUCUUCUUCUCCCAACGACCGCGGCCCUCUUGGCGACGCUGUCAACUUUUCGUCUCUCAAGCCUGUUGACACACCAACUGGACCUGCUCUGCCUUGGGUUGAGGAGCAAGCUUAUGUUUUGUCUCAGCCACUCGACAAGCUGUCGGUUACACAAACACGACAAGGCAUUUCAAACCGACAGGUUCUUGGCUACCUGCCUGAAACCCACUCCAUCGCCGGUCUGGCUCGCCAGGUCCUCGACGCCCGACGCCCGGUUGGCCGUGACUCAACUCCAGCUGAGAAGGAAGCUGAGGGUCUCAUCCAAUACACUCCCAGCAUCGAGAUUGACCCUCGGUCAGUCAUCUCUCAUCAGCGAAAUGUGGUGGGUGUCAAGGACAUUCUCACAGCACCAGUCAUUGUGGAGAGCACAAGUCUGGUUGUUGCUUACGGCGUGGAUGUCUUUGGAACACGCGUCGCACCCAGCGGUGUAUUCGAUAUUCUUGGAAACGGCUUCAACAAGGUGACACUUGUUUUGACCGUUGUAUCGCUGCUGGGCGGCGUACUCUUCCUCUCACCGAUGGUGAGGAGGAAACAGAUCAACAGGACUUGGGAGGGCUGA